AUGCCACCCACAAGAAACAACCGUAAAUCAACCAGACCUGUUGAGAAGGUAAAAGCAGCUCUACAUUUGAUUGAUUUAAAACAUCUAUCAAUCCGUAAAGCAGCAAAAGAAAGUGGGUUGUCUUAUGUUUUUUUACACAGGAGAUUGUCUGGCAAUACCAGAAUUGAUAGUAGAAGUGGUCCCGACCCAGUCUUCAACUCUUUUGAAGAGACGGCAAUGUCAGAAUGGCUUUGUGAAAUGGAAAGACGAGGAAUGGGUCUAAAGCCGAAGGAGUUUUUGCAGUUUGUGCACAAUAUUGUAAAAAAGGAAAAAAGGAAAAACCCAUUUACGAACGGACAUCCAGGCCACAAAUGGUAUUAUUCAUUUAUGGCACGAAAUUGCAAUACUGUCAGGAUCAGGACAGAAGUACCACUGGAGGCAUGUAGAUCUAAACUGACUCGAGAGCAAGUUGACAACUGGUACUGUCGUUAUAGAGAUUUCAUAAUUGAGAAAGGCUUGCUGGAAUCACCAUCCAGAAUCUGGAAUGCAGAUGAGACUGGAUUUUGCAUGGGAAGUACUCCUGGAAAAGUUAUUGGACCCAUAAAAGAGAAAGGCUCCUAUCACAUCCCACAUGUCACUGGUGGUUCCAGCAAAGAACGGCUAACAGCACUCUUUUGUGCCAGUGCUGAUGGAAGAAUGAUGCCCCCAUUCUUAGUGUAUCCAGCUCCAAAACCACAAGGAUGUAAUCCUUUAACUGGUGGUUUAAAUGGCAGUGCCAUUGAGUACACAAAAAAGGGAUGGAUGACUGCAGAUGCAUUUCUCAAAUUCAUCAAUCACUUUGACAAGCAUGCAGGUCCAGAAAGACCAGUCCUGCUGUUGAUUGACAGCGUCAGCAGUCAUGUUGACAUGUCCGUUUUUCAGUCUGCAGCUGAAAAGGGUAUAGAAAUUUAUAGACUUCUCCCCAAUGCCACACAUCUAAUGCAGCCAUUAGAUAGAGGUGUAUUCGGCCCUCUGAAAUUGAAAUGGCAUCAGGUAGUAAGGAAACACUACAGAGAGCACCCUGGGGCAAAGAUAGGGAAACUGAAUUUUUCAGAGAAAUUAAAAGAGGUAUAUUACGAAUUUUAUAAGCCACUCACUGUUAUCAAUAGUUUCAAAGUUACAGGGAUCUACCCAAUCGACAGUACAAAGAUUGGUGAUGAUGAGCUGAAACCAGCUGUAGUCCUAGAUCAAAAAGAAAUGCAGCCACAAUCACCACCAGCCACAGAAGAUUAUGAGGAUACUAUGUUGACAGAAGAUGAAAAUUCUGAAUCAGACAUUACCAUCAAGCCAAUAGAGAAAAUUAUGCAUGACUCACCACGGAAAUACCCAAUAGACGUCAAUGUUGUUAUCUGCAAGGAUGGGGUCAAUCGUCAAAAGCUAGUGGACUACGACGACAAUGACAGGUCUGAUGACGUUAUGCUAAGCAGUUAUGGUGCCAGUUUUUUCACUGAAAGUACAUUAAAAUGUUAUGACCAAGAUAAAAAAAAUUCACCAGCAAUUACAGAUUUCCUCAUUUAUCCAAAGGCACAGGCAGGAAAACCGAAAUUGAAAAGCCUAUUGCAGACUUUACCCGACAAUUUAACUUCUGACGAAUCCAUCAGAAAAAUGGCUUUGAAAGAUUUAGAGAAAACAAGAUCUUUCGCUGAGAGAGAGAAAAAAGCUAAGCAAGUUUAUGUUAAGAAUUGCGAAAAACAACUGAAAAAGCAGCAAGUACAGCAGAAAAGGAAAAAACAGGGGAAGCAGAAGGUGAAAACAUUGCAGAAGAAAUCAGAAGAUGAAGUAUUGUGUAUUGCUUGUGAAGUAUCUUGGGUAGACGAUCAAGAAAAUUGUCAUAAAUGGGUUGGAUGUCAUGUAUAUGAUGGGUGGAUCCAUGAACAUUGCAUUCCAAUUGAUCAUGAUGUUUCUGGUUUGGCUGAUGAAAAAUCACAGUUUGUUUGCCAUUUAUGCUUGUAA